AAGUGGCGCUGUACUUUAGGACUGUCGUGUAAAAGGUCGAUGAGCCUUACUCUUGCAGGCUGCACUACAGGCUAAUAUACAAUGGCUAAACAUCAUCCAGAUUUGAUCUUCUGCAGGAAGCAGGCUGGUGUCGCUAUUGGGAGGCUUUGUGAGAAAUGUGAUGGGAAAUGUGUUAUCUGUGAUUCUUACGUCAGGCCUUGCACGCUUGUACGCAUUUGCGACGAAUGUAACUAUGGGUCCUACCAAGGACGCUGUGUGAUAUGUGGAGGCCCAGGAGUGUCUGAUGCUUACUACUGCAAGGAAUGCACCAUUCAGGAGAAAGAUGUGGCGCGAUGGCUGCCCCAAGAUUGUGAACCUGGGCAGCUCUAAGACUGAUCUCUUUUAUGAGAGAAAAAAGUAUGGCUUCAAAAAGAGGUGAAGCCUUGUAGGAACUCUGAAGACGACCUUUCAGAUGUGAUUUUAAGUUUUUUUCCCUAUAAAAGGAUCCUUUUUUUAUUGUCUUUUCAGUAUAAUAAAAGGUUAUACUACA